AUGAGAUUUGCAUCAGCUGUGAAAAAUCUUCCAAAUCCAAUUCAUUUCAUCAAAUUUAAUCAAUGGCAUGACACCGAUUUUGGACUUGAUUUUUGUGCGAUCCCAAAAACGGGAUCAACAAUAACUGGAGGCAUUCUUUGUGAUGUUUUGAGGGAUUACAAGGCAAUUCCCUAUAGACAGCACUUCUCAAAAACGAUCAUUGGGGAGAAG